AAGCGGAGAGGAAGAGGAAGCAGAGCUGACUUCUUCAGACACGCGUUGGGCCACAUUAGCAGCCUGAAUUCGACAGAGUCCAAAGGUUUCAUUCAGCACAAUUUACGAAGAGGCUUUACCGUGCCGUGAAAAAGGAGUCACGCUUGCUUUUGAUGAUUUAAGGGGAAAAUUCUAGUCUCAGAUAACUGGGUCAUAACAAAACAAGAUGGUCAAAAUGCUUCAAGAGAUUCAGGAAAUUGGCUCACAUGCCAUGGAUAUCUACGACUACCUCUUGGCAGGAAUUGAUCCACGACUGAAGAACUAUCCACUGAUGCAGAGUCCUGUUCCCAUGACUGCAAUAUUGCUGUGCUACUUAUUCUUUGUACUGUACCUGGGACCUCGCAUAAUGGCUAAUCGCAAGCCCUUCCAGCUAAAGGAAGCCAUGAUAGCCUACAACUUCCUGCUAGUGGCGCUGUCGAUAUUCAUUGUCUAUGAAUUCCUGAUGUCUGGUUGGGCCACAACAUAUACCUGGCGAUGUGACGCCGUUGAUACCUCCAACAGUCCUCAAGCACUACGAAUGGUCCGAGUGGCCUGGCUGUUCUGGUUCUCCAAGAUUAUUGAGCUCAUCGACACACUCUUCUUCGUGUUGAGGAAAAAGCACAGCCAGAUCACCUUCCUGCACAUCUUUCACCACUCCUUCAUGCCCUGGACCUGGUGGUGGGGAGUUGGCUACGCUCCUGGUGGAAUGGGAUCCUUCCACGCCAUGGUGAAUUCUUCUGUCCACGUCAUCAUGUAUUUCUACUAUGGCCUUGCUGCUGCUGGACCACAAUUCCAGAAGUUUUUGUGGUGGAAGAAAUACAUGACUGCCAUUCAGCUCAUCCAGUUUGUGCUAGUAUCUGUCCACGCUACCCAGUAUUACUUCAUGGACAGCUGCGACUACCAGUUCCCCAUGAUCCUCCACCUCAUCUGGAUGUAUGGAACCUUCUUCUUCGUGCUCUUCUCCAACUUCUGGAUCCAGGCUUACGUGAAGGGUAAGCGGUUGCCCAAACAGGACAUUAAGCAGUGUCAGAAUGGCACAGCUGUAUACACCAAAGAUAAAUGCCAUGAGAAUGGCAAACACCACGAGAACGGCACCAGCAAUGGUAUCAACCACGGAGCCACCAACGGCACCAGCAAUGGCUCUGCUCACCAUGAGAACGGCAGCACUCACAUGGGCAAGAUGAAGAAGGCCUAGGAUCUUUGGAAGGAAACACCCAAGAAAUAUGACCCCGCGAACCUGUUAAAACUACUACGGAUUCCAAAGAUAAUUUUGGCUGUGUUUCUUUUCCUGUUUUUAGUUUUAUAUGCAAAACAUGGGGAAAUGACGUGGUCAAUGAUUUCCACAGUUGGGGUCCCACAUUUAGUUGGUUUGUUCGUUCAUUUGUUUGAGUUGGGGAACCAUCUAUGGAACACAAUGUAUGAAGAGAAGAUGUUUCUGACCAAAAUGUUAUCUUCACUGAUGUUGCAAACAACCUCCUAGUUCAGUGUCACAGAGGUGGCUUUUCACCCCACUUGCCUUCACUACUUAUCUGACCCCCAUGCCCUCCUGACCCCCCCCUGUGGACAGAUGACUGUACAGUUUCUAUCAACUUGGAAAUACUUUUUGUAAAUAGUUUUACAAUAAACAAAAAAAAAUAACUAAUUGUAUUGGUAUGCUUUAGACUUUCUAAAUUUUGUUACAUUGUGUAUUUAAAAUUAAAAUGCCAAUAAAUUCCAUUUUAAUUUUA